CUUUCACACCCUGCUGGGAGCUGGGCGAUGCGCACAGCCACGGGCGCAGCUCUGGGGGUACGGCGUCCCGUGCUCUGGCAAUGAGGCACGUACCCACCUCGGUACGGCUACGGCCUGGCGAGCGCUGCCCCCGGUGCUCUUACCCGCGCUGUCGGCACACGCAGCUAACAGCUACAGAAUCAUUCAGACCUCUCAGAGCUCCUCAUCCAACCCGCCCCGCCUCGCCCACUGCCCGCUCCCUCAGUGCCACAUCCCCGCGGUUGCUGAGCAGCUCUGGGGACGCUGACUCCCCCACCUCCCAGCCGCACCGCAUCGCCACCGGCGUGCCGCGCUCCACGCUGAGACUACAGCUCCCGGCAUGCAACGCGCCCGCGUGAGAUGGCUGCGUCGCGCUGUCGCGUCUGUGACGUCACUGACGCGCGACGAGCCCCCUUCCGGUUAGCGCGGCGGCGGCGGCGGGAUGCGGCUGUCGCUGGUAGCCGCGAUCUCGCACGGGCGCGUGUACCGGCGGCUGGGGCACGGCCCGCGCUCGCGCCUCGACCUGCUGCGCAACCUGGUGACGGCGCUGGUGCGGCAUGAGCGCAUCGAGGCUCCGUGGGCGCGCGCCGACGAGAUGCGAGGCUACGCGGAGCGGCUCAUCGACUACGCCAAGCGCGGGGACACGGACGAGCGCGCCAUGCGCAUGGCGGAUUUCUGGCUGACGGAGAAGGACCUCGUCCACAAGCUGUUCAAAGUGCUGGCGCCCCGCUUCCAGCCGCACCCCGGCAGCUACACCCGCAUGCUGCACAUCCCCAGCCGGGACAGCCUGGACCGCGCCAAGAUGGCUGUGAUCGAGCUGAAGGGGAACCCCUUCCCACCGCUCAUCCGCCCGCGUCGUGACAGCGAGAAGACGCUGCUCAACCAGCUGCUGAAGGGCUGCCGGGAGGACGCCCAGCGGGCUGCAGGCCCCUGAGGGCACCGUGCAGGCAUCCUGCUCUGCCCCCAGCAUGUCCCACGUGGGCAGCAGGAUGGGGCCUGGGGUGAGCUGCCUGUGCAUUGGGCAGGGAGCUCGCAUCCCGGGACAGGACACCUGCUGCUCUCCUGGAGCACAGGGGUGGAAGGUGUUUAGGGAGGGCUCAGGAUUUAUUCCUAGCCUUAAAUGAUCAUAACAGGGGCAGAAGCUCAAGGUUUACCUUCACUUUCCUGUGAUUUAGUAGCAACUUCACAAGAGAAGGAAAUCAAGCUGUGAGCCCUAGUGGUUGAUAUCCUCUGUGUAAAUAAACUACUUUGAAAAGUGA